AUGGACUUCGCAAGCAACCGCACUGCUAGCGUAGCAGGGGCGAAUAAACACGUUGGUGUUUCCUCAAUUCACGUAACGGAAUAUGUGAUGAUUCCACCCUUCUACAUCGUGCUCGCGGCGAGUCUUUCUUACUGUCUUUGUAACGCCGCAUUCAAUUACAUAACAUCCAGUCGGAGCAAGAUAUCCCGAACGGUGGAGAAGUGGGGAAGACUUCUAUGGUUAACUCGGCGUUUCUUGAUAGUUAAAUCGGAUGUUGGCGAUGAUGCUACCAAAACAGAAAACCCAGGCAGGAUAUGUGAUGAGUCAAGUCUUCUUUUAAGCCGAAAUAGAGUUUCUACGGAUUACACUGACAAUGCGGUGUUCUUUCAGGGAAUGACGCAUCCUGAAACACUGGCGGACGCAUCGCCGGUGGUACCUGCCUCGGUGGUAAAUGAGGCGCUGCUGGACUCAUUGCAUUGUGUGAGGCUGGAAGCCCAGCGAAUGGUAUUUGUGUACAAUCCAACAUACAUGAUUAUUGCAACCGCAAAGAGCUUGACGAUGUUGGUAGUGCUGCAGUAUCACUUCGAUCAGAAGGGCGGGUGGGACAGGCUUGUCGUGUGCUCCGCUGCAAACCUGAUGAGCGGGCUGCUCACUCCCAUCCUGGAGUAUGGCGCGGGGCUUCUCCUGCCCCUCGACCGCGAUCACCGGGAGAAGGCCGUGGCGGUCGAGGCGGAGGAGCCGAAAGACUCGGUGCUCAUCGUGGAGAUCCUUGUGCGCAUAGGCCGGUUGGAGCUGGAUGAUCUCGAGACAGUGCUGAUACAAGGGAGUACGUUCAUUGUGUUUGGUGCCGUUCUUCUGCCUGCAGCGAUUGUGUUCUGUGUGGUGGGGUUUGCCGCCUUCAUGUGGGUGUUUGCGCCCUUCUGGCUGUGUUACAUGUUGGUGCGCUACCUGUACUACCGGUGUGGUGGUGUCGCAGCGCAGAGGGCGGCUGGUAGACCACAGGAUGUGCUGUUGACUCCAGCGGGUGAGUUCGCAAAGGCAGCAUUGCUGAAAGUCUUGACGUUGUUCCUGUUGCAGUGGGCAGUGCAGUGCAGUUUUCUGUUUGGAUUGGUGUUACUGCAGGGUGGGUGGUACAGUGAAGCGUUGCAGCUGGAGGCCGAACACCAGUUGUGGGGGUCGUACAACCUUGCGAAGAUGGAUAAAUUCCAGUGGUUGUGUGUCGUGAGUCAGCUGUUUUUUUAA